AUGGACUACAAAGACGAAUACGAGUCUGAACUAGACGAUGAAGAGACCAAGCAAAUGUUAGACAAACUGGCAGCUGAGUUAGUGGAACUUGGAAAACCAGACAAAGAAGAGGUUCUGUUCGAGUUUGAUGACAACACACAAGAAGAUGUGGAAGUUGAAUCAGAACAGGAAGAUGGUGUCGCUCGCGCAGGAGUGAGAUUCGCGGACACAGAUGAUGAUGAGUCCAACACUGAAGGAAUUGUAAGAAGCUACAGUGACGACGGCGUCAAGUUGGAGCAAAACGGGUACUUCGCCCAAGACACAAUCGAUCCUACUUCUCACAAGGGGCAAAAAUGA